UCAAGAUUGUUUCGGGUUUCGAUAAUCUAUAAUUCAUCUCGUGUUAUUAUCUUUGGACUGUUUUGAAGAUUCAAUGGCUACUCGCUUCUCAACUUUCGUAUUCCCCCUCAUACUGAGUGUUUCUAUGUUGAUGAGCUUCGAUUGUUUUGUGAUGACGGUGAGUGCGAGGAAUCUUUUGGAGUCACCAUUACUCAAGGUAUCUGAAGAGCUUCCGAAACUAGAAGUACCCAGUUUAUCAAAGCCUGAACUUCCUCCAUUGCCGAAGGUUGAGUUGCCUCCUUUGGAAAAGCCUAAAGUACCCGAAUUGCCAAAGCCUGAGCUCCCAAAAUUGCCUCAAUUGCCUCCUUUGGAAAAGCCUAAAGUGUCGGAAUUGCCUAAACCUGAACUCCCAAAAUUACCUCAGUUGCCUCCUUUGGAAAAACCUAAAGUGCCCGAGUUGUCAAAGCCUGAGCUCCCAAAAUUACCUGAGUUGCCUAAACUUGAGGUUCCCGAAGUACCAAAAUUGCCUAACUUGCCGAAACCCGAACUCCCUAAGUUGCCUGAAUUUACACCUCUACCAAAGCCCGUUUUGCCUACCUUUCCAAAGGACAUACCCAUCCCUUCGUUCAACCCACCACACACAACUACCAUUAAACCUUGAAUACUAUAUUCAACUUUCGUCUACCUUGGUUGAAUUAAAUAUACAUUCAUAUACGACUUGAAAACUAUACUUCGUUUUUUUCUUCUUUUUAAUUAUCAUUUCUAGUAAGCAUAUGAGAGGUUUAUAUAUCUUGUCCCAAUUCUUGUUUGUUUCGUGUUCUUAUACUUGUAAGAUGUUAUCUUCUGUAUGAAA